UCGUCUGUUAGAAUGUAUGGACUGUAAAGUAAUGGGACCGUAACUUUGUCAGGGGCUAAUUAUUAUAUUAUUAUAGCGGUCAGUAUAAUGAGCAGGUGCUGUUUGAUUAGCAUCUGCUUUUAUACGUGACUUUACCGUGGGCGGCUAGCGUGGCCAGCUAACCUUUAUCAGGGUCAACUGUCAUUCAUGCAGUUCAAGUUCAGCUAAUGUUAGCUAACAUUACGUAUUUAUAACGCGUAACGUCUCCGUUGAGAUAGCUAGCAUCAUGCCACAAGAGGAGUUCUUCCUCGACUCACCGGCAGGACAGCUUAAGGACGAUGUCAAGGAGACGAAGGGCAGAAGACGACUCGGUAUCAUCGUGACGGGGGUGCUGGGAGGGUCGCUGGUCGCCCUGUACGCAGUGGCUGCUCCGUUUGUCUCUCCUGCGCUGAGAAAAAUCUGCCUCCCGUUUGUCCCAGCGACCACAGCUCAGGUGGACAAUGUCCUCACGGUGCUACGAGCCAGAUCAGGGACCUUGGUGGACAUUGGGAGCGGAGAUGGAAGAAUAGUGAUAGCUGCAGCCAAGCGUGGAUUUCAGGCAUCUGGCUUUGAACUGAACCCCUGGCUGGUGUGGUACUCUCGCUACAAGGCCUGGAGAGAGGGAGUCCACCGCUCCACCUCCUUCCACAUCUCUGACUUGUGGAAGGUCAGUUUUGCUCAGUACUCCAAUGUUGUCAUUUUUGGAGUCCCUCAAAUGAUGGACCAACUGGAGCUGAAGCUGGCGAGCGAGUUACCGAGUACAGCCAAGGUGGUGGCCUGCCGCUUUCCCUUCCCAACUUGGGUCCCCGAACAUACUGCUGGGGAGGGCAUAGACACUGUAUGGGUGUACGAUGCCAGGACAUUUAAAGCACACACGCAAAAUGGAAUGACAAGGAGGACUGCAGCAGGACACUGGAACACACCAGACUCACACACAUGAAUGUGAACACUCAGAUCUUGCGAAGUUGUCAUCUUGUGUUGAGAUCCUGGGAUGGUCUUUUAUUCGUGCAAUUUCUGCUCCUCUUCCCACACCAGUGGAUCUGACAUGGCUGGGAAAGACUGAUGUUGAAGUCUUUGUAUAUCGAUGUCCAAGUUUGAGAUUGAGCAUGAAAAAAGUAGGAGUCUCCUCCAUGAGAGAGAACACUUGGGCCUGACGUGGCCCGAAUGAUCAAACAAGCAUUUUACAUCUGAUGCUUGUGUGAUGCUCAAAACUACACCAGGGAACAAAGUGGUGAUGACAUGAGAAAAUUUAAUUCCUAAUACAAUAAAGUGGUACUCACAAACAAGGACUGCAUAACUUUAUUAUGUACACAAAGUGCAUGAUGAAUUGUUUACACAUGUAUGAAAUCGCAUCAUCCUUUCCUGACUAAGGAGUUGCCAAGUGGCUGUAUAAUGUGGUCAGCCUGCCUGACAGAAAAUUAUUCACCACAUUAUUUUGU